UUCUCAGGAGUGUCUUCCGUCUGGCCACAUUACCAACUACAGCGCAAAUGAAGGAAAGGAGACAAGGAGAGGAAACCACUUUAAAUUAUUGAACCGCACCCCACAGCCCUUAACGGCUGGUGGUUUUAGCAGUUGAUCCUAUAAUGCCAGGCUCCAUAAUGAGAGGCCUGUAGGCCUAGUGCACGUAGGUCUAAUGGUAGUGCAACAGUUACAUCGCUCAGCAGGAAGCCUAGCGGUUAGAGAGUUGGGCCAGUAAACGAAACGUCAAUGUUUUGAGUACCUGAGCCGACAAGGUGAAAAAUCUGUCUGUGCCCUUGAGCAAGGCACUUAACCCUAAUUUGCUCCAGGGGCGCUGUACUACUAUAGAUGACCCUGCAAAACAAAGCCUUUCACUGCACCUAUCCAGUUUGUGACAAUAAAAUAUAUUAUUUUAACAUAGAGGCAGGUAGAUCAUAUAUGAUGUUCAACAGUGGCUCUGAAUAAGUAGCAUGCUAAAGAAUAUUUUAAAAUAUGUGCCACCACAAUUCACAGGAAUUCUGCACGAGAAUCUUACGUUCAUUAUGUGCCGCCACCAUUCACGGGAACUCAGCACGAAAAUCUUACGUUUGUUAUCUUAUGCUCAGGUCCAAUUUAAAACCAGGGUACUUAUUCAUAAUUCAUUAUAGAAACCCACUUAAACCAAAGUCCACAUCAAACCUUGAAAUCUAACCUAGUGGAUAUUAUCAGAAGCAGAGAUUCAAUCCACAAAACAAAUCGUCAGUCAUCGUGCCCAGUGUACCCCUUCGCUCCCAGCUGACCCUGUAGAACGACAGGAAAUGAGCAGGACAGUUGGGCUCUCUCUGGAGCUUAGAGGUCGCUCUAUGGUCUUUGUGCUCUUUCAUCUCUUUUGUGUUCCGUCUUCCUGGGUGAGGUCGCUUUCUGUUUUCUCGCUGUGUGUGAGUGAUAUGUAUGACGGUGUGUGAGUGAUCUGUAUUUAUUUUUAUUUUAUUUAGCCAGGUAGGCCAGAACAAGUUCUCAUUUACAACUGCGACCUGGCCAAGAUAAAGCAAAGCAGUGCGACAAAAUCAAACAGAGUUAUACAUGAUUACGGUGUGUGAGUGAUCUGUAUGACGGUGUGUGGGUGAUCUGUAUGAUGGUGGGUGAUUGAUCUGCAUGACUGUUGUGAGUGAUCUCUGUUGUGUGUCUGUUUCUGACUGCGUUUCCGAUUUGAUGUCUCUCUGUUCUGACUGUUUGUCUGUGUGUGUGGUUUCUGUCUGAAUAUGAUCUGUCUGCCUGUCUCUGUCUGACUGUAAUUGCUCUCUGUUAUUCGAUUUUGUUAUGUUACCUUAUGUGAUUGUGCUGCCUGUUAGAGCUGUCUGUGUAAUUGGUCUGUGUGAUGUUUGAUUGAGUGUGACAGAUGACUCCCUCUACUAUCUGACUGAUUUUGUGUGAUCACUCUACUCUCUCUGGUGUCUUGUCUGAUUGGGUGAGUGUGUUCUCUUGGUUGAUCUCUUUGUGUGGAUAUGAUUGGUGUCUCCAUAUCGUUUGAUGGCAGUGUCUUCUCUGUCUUGAUUGGUUGGGACCAACUUCCUCUGAAUCCUGAUUGGGUGUACUUGUCUCCUGCAGGGGCACAAUUCACCAGGCAUCAGCACAGCCAUGCUACCUCGUGCCGACACUUCCACCUAGGGGCCCCUCAGGCGCCCAUCUCCGCUGAGUUCCCCUUGGGUCACACCAGCCAACCCCCCCAGACUGGCCUGGCACCUCACCAGCCCCCGGCCCCUCACCACCCACCGCCCCUGCCGGCCCCCCCUCAGUUCCAGGACGUUACUGGGCCUCCGUUCCUACCUCAGGCCUUACACCAGCAAUACCUCAUCCAGCAGCAGCUUCUAGAGGCGCAGCACCGCAGGAUCCUCCCACACUCCAGACGAACUCUGGAGCGCGCUCCUCUGAACCCUCACAGACUCCGCUCGGGGUACGACUACUCCCCUCCCAUCCAUAUCUCCCAGCCAAUCAGCCAGCAGCCGCGCUACCUGGCCGAGGGCACAGACUGGGACCUUAGUGUGGACGCUGGCCUCUCUCACCAUCAGUACCAGCUCCAGCAGCUUCCACAGCACUAUCAGCAUUACCUGGCGGCAUCCCCCAGAAUGCACCACUUUCCCAGGAACACCUCGUCUGCACAAGUGGUUGUGCAUGAGAUCAGAAACUACCCGUACCCCCAGCUUCACCUGUUGGCUCUGCAGGGCCUCAACCCCUCACGUCACGCUUCCGCUGUACGAGAGAGCUAUGAGGAGCUGUUGCAGCUUGAAGACAGGUUGGGAAGUGUCAGUAGGGGAGCGGUUCAGACCACCAUAGAGAGAUUCACCUUCCCACACAAAUACAAGAAGAGGAAGCCUCUGGAUAUGAAGAUUGGCGAGGAGGGCGAGGAGACUGAUGUGGAUGAGAAAUGUACCAUCUGCCUGUCGAUGCUGGAGGAGGCAGAGGACGUCAGGCGGUUACCCUGCAUGCACCUCUUCCACCAGGGCUGUGUGGACCAGUGGCUGGCGACCAGCAGGAAGUGUCCAAUCUGCCGCGUGGACAUCGAGACGCAGCUCCACCCAGACAGCUGAUGUCCCAGGGGUGGAGCCUGACGGUCUGGCUGCUGUCAAUCACCCUGGCGUGGAUCCUGCUCCCUUCCACCCGGCCCUGCCUCUCCCAACAUGGGUGCUUUGCCAAAUGUCUCCAGUCGUCACGUGACAUCAUCACCCUCUCUGACUCACGCUUUACUGAGCCAAUCCAGGAUUACUUACUGCACGAGAGACCGGAGACUGACUCUCUCUCUCAAUAAAAGCACAUCCCCAGCAAAAAGACAUGCAAACACUCACGCAUACAUUACAUACUAUAUACACAUGCGCACACAGGGUUUACUAGUUGCUUGCUGGUGGUUGGGUGUCGUUGCUGUUGUGUUGUAGUUAGGGGAGGCAGGUGUGUUUCCUGUGUCUUUGUAGCAUGUUCUUAAAGCCAUGACAUUAAUGUACAGAGUGAAAAGCACACAACCCCACUUGCCAGCCAGCCUGCCACAUACACACACACUGCUUAUUCUGCCACAACAGGAAGCUAAUCAACCACUUAAAAGCCCUGUCGCCAUGUUUGCCUACAGAUCAUUUGUGGUAGUACAGUAGCAGCAUCAGACACAGUGGUAUUUUGACCCCUCACUUUGUUAUAAGAGGGGGACUGAGUGUUCAGAACUCACCCAGCUUCUACUUUUUGCAAUACAGUAGUUGUAUUUUGUCCGAACACUGAUGGCAGCAUCAGUCCCAAGCAAAUGUACAACUAUUUCACUGCUGUCAUGUCGGCCUGCCCCAAUGCAUGGGGUGGCGUGUGUUUUUGAGUAAAUACAGAGGUUAGUGAGUGUUUUUAACCAAAUGUGUUAUGGUAUUGCUUGACCUGCCGCAAUGUGUGUGUUCUGCCCCAGUGUGUGGGUUUCAGUGUAUGUUUAACCAAUGCUUGCGCGUGCGUGACAAACUUAAAGUGCAGGUUCAAGUGUGUGUUAAAGGGUAAUAUAGAAGUUAGCUUAACAGUGAUUUGAUUGGAGUGCUUGUAGAAUACAAAGCCAAAUAAGGAAUAAAAAAUAAAUUAAAAAAAUGUAGUAGGACCUAUCCCCCAUCAUGCACUGCAGUGACUGAGUGAGAUGUGGGGCCUUCAGGUUAAGCAGAAGUGUUAGCUGCCCUGGAAACAGCGACUCUGUGCCAUCCCCUCCUGUCGCAGGUGUUAAGGCUGAGCAGUGUAGUGAAAUGCAUGUUUCAAUGUUGGCUUGGGCUGUCGUGUUAGCGUUCAAAUAAAAAAUGGAGGGCAGAGGAGGGUGUUGUCUGUGCAUGACUUAGUUAAUCUGAGCUGUGAUUAUCAACUCAACACAAACAAACAAAUGAAGAAAAAGGGAGCACGAUGUCAGUGGUUGUCCCUGACCUGUAGCGUGUGUUCAUACUGUCCCUUUUUGGUGGCAAACAAAAUGGAAUCCUAUUGUUUACCUUAUUGCCUAAAGAACAAGCACAUGUGAUAGAUAUAGCAACAACCUCUUUUUGUUAUUGCAUUUGCGUUGGUUUCUGUAUAUUUAGGUAUAAACGCGCACUGUUUUGGACCGAGUGAGGAGCUUGUGUGUUGAACUUGUUUUUAUGUGUCAGAUCUCCCCUCGUGGUUGCUAUGCUGGUUGCUAUGCUGUAUUGCUAGAACAACAAUGUAGAAUGUUGUGUGAUGGGGGCAGUAUCCUCCCCACAGUGCAUAUGGACAGGUCUGGGCUGGGGUCACAAUGAGUACCAAAAUAACGGUCAUAGAACACUUUUUGUUGUCAAAACAACUCUUUAAAUGUUGAUAUUGUGUGUUCUUUCCUUUUGUUUUGUUGCUAUGUUAUGUCUGAGUCAAUGUGCAUGAACACUACAUAGGUUUUUAAGGAUUGGCACAGGUCCUGUACUAUGCAUUGAGGACUCGAUGUGAAGUAUUAGGACAGACCCUAAAUGCCCUAUAGACUGAAGGAUGAGUUGUGACGGAUUGGGACUGACCCUAACUGUCCUGUGCACUGCCAGUGUUGAUACUGACUCCUCCUUUAGUCUAGUUUUUUAUGGGAAGUUUUGAUAGUUUACACAGGGUGUUGUCAGUUGAGAUGCCUUAAGUAUUUAACAAUCAUUAUUUAUUACUAAUUGUAGAUAACGUGGGUAAGUAUUUAAUUUUAUAUCGUUUUUUUUGCAAUUUAAUCAUUUAUUUAUUUAGAUAUAACACAAAAUGGUUUUAAAAAAUUGAACGAUUACCUCUUUUUUGCAUUUUUGCAUUGUUUUAAUUCAAUGGGAAUGCUUCGCAUGCAGUUGUAUUUUUCCUGAAGAAACUAAACUAAAAAGACCUGCUGUUUGAUCUCUCUCCCCGAGCCGGCUGUGUUAUGUUUACUGUCCCGGGCUGAGCUGUCGAGCCUGCUCUUCUCAUGUGGUGCUGUGGAUAGUGGUGCUGUGGAUAUCUUGGUUACAUUCCAUUCAAUGCAAUUUUCUCUGAUACCUAUGCUGUGAUGUAGUGGACAAACUGCAAUGGAGUGAAAUGUUUAAGUUUGUAAUUUGUCUUGUUUUGCACUCAUAGUUUUAACAUGGGAACCCUCUCACUGGCAUAAAGCAGUUACGAUCGUAGAUGUAUUGUUAUUAUUAUUGUAUACUUUGUCAUUUCCAGUUCUCUGCCUCUCAUCCCUCUCUCCAUUCUUUCUUUUAAAAAAAGCAUGUUCCUUUUCUGUGUUGGGAUAUUUCUCCUUCCCUCUUUUCCAAAUAUCUUAUAGUUUUGAGCCCAACAAGUGCCUCGCUUCUAGUGUUGAGAUUUUUCCUUAUGAUUGUAGCUAUUUUUGUUACCGAGCCACACAAACUCCUACGCUCAGUUACUCGAAAGCCAUCAUGCCUGAACUAGGUACAUAUUUAUCUGGCGGUCUUACUCCUGCAUUACAGGACCACCAUGAUGAACUGUAGGCGAUGUUCAAAUGCUGUAUAAUAUUGUCUUUCCUUUAUUAUUUCCUCCUUUCUCACUUCUCUUUGUCACCACUGACCAACCUGCAAGGUGAAGGAAAUAUGACGUUAGCCCCCAUAAGUGGAGUGUGGGAACUUCAAGGUGGCGUGGUAUUGCUUUCACUAACCAAAUAGAUCUGUGGAUAUCUAUGAGAAUAAAGAAAGCAGCAUUUUAAGAGUACUCGGAAAUAGACAUUUCUCUCCAUCUUUUUUAGUUAAACCUUGACCUAAUCUAGUAAUACCUUUGAAAUAUUUACUUUAUCUAUUAUACAAAUUAAGGAAAUAUUUGACCAAUCUUUGUGAAAAUGUUUCACUGUGUUCAUCUGCGCUACACUAAUUAUUCUUAAUAUUCCCUCUUUUCCUGCCUUUCUGUUCCCUCGUUUCCUUUUCUUUAUUUUCUCUUACCGUCCAUCCUUCCCUCCACUCAGAACCCAUCCAAUGUUUCCUAUCACAAUCCUCUCUAUGUAAAACAAGAACAGACAGAGGAUCUCUUAAAGCACAACCUUACUAAAAAUGCAUGUUUUUCUCAGGUUUGAAUAUAUUCUCAAUGGUAUAUAAGUAUAUGGUGAAAAUAUUUGUAGAUAUACAAAGAAUAUUACAGAAUUAAUUUUGCUGCUGCUUGCAUCUGAAAAACUGAAGGAAAGAGAAAAUAUCCCAAAAAGUGCCAGUGAUAGGGCUGCCGCCAUCUUUGUAUAAGGUCUGCUGUUUAGCCGUGACUGCGCAAUGUUUUUCAAUAUAGGAGAUUUUAUCGGAGAAUAUAACUAUUUAUCAUUAAUAUUAAAGCAAUAGCUCAUUAAUGAUGAGUGUGUUGAUGAACUGGAUGAGCAUAUUGUGUAAAUGUUAGAUUCACAUUUGGUGGAAUUUUGUACUUUAUUUAUUACUACUACUAAUAAUGAUUUUAAAAGUUGCAUCGCUAAACCCAAACUGUUCUGUUUUUUUUAUUUACAUUUUAUUUCAAGGCUGGUAUAUUAUCCUUUUUGUAUGUGCUCUUUUUGUAAUAAAUUGGAUAAAAUGGAAGGUG